UCCUUCUGGUACUGAAUGACAGCUUCUCUCUCCUUGACCUGGAUCCGCAGAGACUGCUCCUGGUCCUGGGACGCGGCGUGGUUUUCCUCGAGUUUCUGGGUAUACUGGGCAGUGUUGCGUAAGUACAUUAGCCAUUCCCCUGGAUGCGCUGCUACACUAGCAGUGAGUUCGUCAGGCGUCUCUGGGAAGGAGGGGGGCUCGGGGCGGUUCAUGGCGGUGAAAUACACGGGCCUGUGGGGAGGAGCUACGUAAUGUCACGGUACGGGCUCACGGGCAGAGAGGACAGGCGCGUGUACAGGUUCUAUUGCUACAGCUAAUCAACA